GGGUAUGGAAUACAAUGUACAUGUACGUUUAUACUCGGCCAGGCUUCGCGGAAAAAAUCAGAAAUCGAUACAAGAUUCUCCACCGGGUAGAAUUUUGCAACCUCAAAUAAACGCGAUCCGCUCUACCUGGAGGAUUUCAACCACAAGACUGGUUAGGUAAAAUUGGCUUUAAUCUUGAACUACAGGUAAUGUCAGUGAAUGAUAUACCUAGGAAUUCAUUUAAUGACAUGGAGAAGGAAGGCCCUCCUCCGGAGUACUCGCCUUCAUGCAGCAAUAAUGGCGGACAUCCAAAUGAUGUUUAUGGGGAUGGAGUAGUGACUGCGGACAUCGUUCAGGAACACAAUCCACCCCCGGCGUACGAUGAUAUAUUCGUUAGAACUGUGUCACCUGUCAGGCGAGAAAGAUCUUGCGGAGAACCUUACUACAGGGAUGACAGGAAUCUGUGGGAAAAACUCCACGACUGGUUUGAGAUGUCCAUUCUCCAGCAGAUUAUAUGGCUUGUUGUAUUAGCCUUUUCCUUAUCCUACAUUGCUUAUGGUAUAAAAUAUAGUGGAUCCUGCAGCGUAAAGAAAUACAACAAAAAAGGGAAAAUGAUUGACAACAAUGACAUAACUGGAUUGAUGCAGGCUGAAGGAGGCGUCCUCUGUGCCACCGUUCUAUUCGUGUUAAUGGUUCGAUUGCUCAUACUGAGGGAUAAUCGCCGUACUCAACGAAAGUUGAAAAUUGAUUUAGAAGGACAGAAAAAAUGUGGCGGUUAUCUAUUUUUCAUUGGAAUGGGUUUAUACAUUGCCAACUUUGGGCUAUGUAUAGGAGGAGCGACAAACAUCAUGAAUUUAUACACGCAAGAAACCAACACAACAGUGCGCUGUGACUCAGAGUUUUACGAUUUCUACUACCAUGCCAAGAUAGGGGAGCUUGUUGUGUUAAUGCCGUACGCCGCCUAUAUCAUAUUUUCUCUGGUUUUCAUGAUGUCCAUUCAAAAGCAAUGGUUUAUCAGACGCAAGCUACGACGCUGGGCUAAACUUCUGGAUGCUGACCAAGAUGGCGUCAUCAGCCAAGACGACAUGAUGAAAACGAAUGAGAAGUUGGAACGGCUUCGUAAACUUGUUGGUGCAAGACAAAUGGCCUUAUCCGCCUCUAAGCAGAAGAAGUGGUGGGACGAUAAUGUAUUCAAGCGAGGAGCCGGGAAAGACAUUCACGUUGAAGAAUACGUCACUUUCAUGGAAGGAACGUUGGGAACUGGACCUCCGCAUGAUAGGGCUAUCAAAAUCAGACCAGUUGUCAAAAAAUGGUUUGACUUCUUCACGACUGAAGAAUACAUGAAAAAAAAGUUGAUUUUGGGAGAAGAAGAUUUCGUGAAAUUUUGGACUAUCCUAGAUAAGGGCGAUGACGAGAGCCACUACAAAAGAAUGUAUAUCAAACAUUUCCCCUCACCAUUAUCCAUGGGUGAUAUCAUGGAGGACUUUGUUGCAUUUUUGUCACAUCCUGAUUUCUUUGAUGAAUACAGCAACAGGGUGUUUAAUGUAGUGAAGCAUCGACCAGAGGGCACGUGUUGUAAAUUAUAAUUCGUCAAACUUUGACAAAAUACCUCUGUUUAAGAUAUCAUGUAAAAGAUAUUGAUAAUUUUGAAAAUUCUCAAAAUUGGAAUUAUUGCAGAGAUUAUUGUGUCGGGGUUCCUUAAGAACAAUAAUUUAUGUGUUGUUUGUUUUUGAUCCAUUGUUGUUGAUUAGUCAUUAAAGUCGGCAACCACAUGGAAACAUAUGGAUAAAAAUAUCUUAAUAUGUUCAUAAAUUCCAUAACCAGUUCAUGUUAUAUCCAGUUUUCUGUAAUAUCCACAAUUGUAAAAUUGUUGAAUAUUUGUAAAUGUAUGUGGAUAAAGAUAUUUCGGUGUUUAUACUGAACAAUUUGUUUUUUAAAAAUCACAAAUACUUUUUUGCAAAGAAUUUUAAUUCAUGUUUUAAACAUUUGACCCAACAUGUGUUGAUCAGUUUGUAUAGUCUGUAAUGAUAUGGGACUUAUAUUGUAACAUACAUUUUAUAUUGUUUCGGAAAUGAAUGUAUUUACAGUGUAUUGUUGAG